AUGCCAAAGAAAGGAGUUACGAUGGACUUGGGGUCAUUCCUCAAGGACGACCAGUUUGGAGGCGACUCGUGGGCGGACGAUUUCAACAUGGAUGACCUCAGCGUUGAUUUGACUGCGGGUGCAGGGGCCAAAGCAGCAACUGGAGGAGAAAGGGAGCGGGAAUUCGGAUCGAGGGGUGCAUCACGCAGGGAGGCGAUGGGCGGAGCCGGGAGGUUUGGCAGCCGGGAGCGCGAGGAGUACCCGGUGCCUGAUGAGCCACCGUUCACGGCCCGUGUGAACAACCUAGCACACGAGAUGGACGAGUCGGAGUUGUACGAGUUGUUUGUUGAAGGGCUGGGCUUGAAAGCAGCCAAGGAGGAGAUCACGGACUUCUACGCGCCCAAGGACCGGGCGACCGGGCAGCUCCGCGGGUUUGCGUUUGUGACGUUUGCCGAAAAGGCGUUAUUGGAGCAGGCGUUGACACUCAGCCCAACGGAGCUUGCCGGGAGAACAGUUUACAUUUCGGUUGCAGCACCGGACCGGCGGGGUGGCAUGGGCAUGGGCAUGGGGUCUCACCGGGGAGGCCGGAUGCCGAACGAGCCGGAGCCCGUGCUGGACUUUGGGGCUGCCCGGGACACGCAGGAGUCGCAGCCGGCUCAGCAGGGCAUGCCACCGCGGCGUGGUAGCCGGGCCCCACGGGGCCCCCAGGAGCCGGAGCCCGUGUUGGACUGGGGGGCCGCCCGGGACACCAGGGAGAGUGUUCCUGCCCGCGAGGACAGCCGGGGAGGCCGGCGGUUUGGCACGGAGUUCCGUGAGCGGCGUGAGCGGAGCGAGAGGGAGCCCGAGAGGGAGUUUGACUUCGGUGCAGCCCGCGAGACCACCGAGCAGCCGCCUGCCCCGGCACCGGGCCGGUCGUUUGGCCGCGGUAGGGAGGAAAGAGAGCCCCGUAAGCCUCGGGAACCCUCCCCGGAGCUCGACUGGGGUGCCGCCAGGGGCUCCCAGGCGCAGCAGCCCCGGCAGAGAGCCUCACCGGGCGUCUACCGGCCGCCACGCCACGAGAGGAAGUUUUUCAGGCGGGACGACGAUGACAGUGGCGAGGUGGACUUUGCCGCGGCCAGAAAUUCGCAGGAGGCCGCACCUGCCGGCAGAAGGCAGCCAUCUUCCGCCUCAUCGACCACAGAAAGCGAGUCGUCGACGCGUGAGGGAAGCCGGUCGUUCAGCUCGAGAUCCAGCCGAGAGAGGAAGUUCCGGACCUCGAAGCCCGACGAGACCCCGGAGAUCGACUGGUCGAACGUCCGUGGCUCCGGCCUGGGCGAAUUGGCUGCCCGGAGGAAGUCCCGGGCAAAGUUUGGCCGUAAUGACAGAAGAAGGGGCAGGCAGGAGAUGCAAGAGUCUAAGAGAGAGGGUCAAAAUAAGAGAGAGUCGCAAGAUUCUAAGAGAGAGCCUCAAGAUUCUAAGAGAGAGUCCCACGAUGGCCCUACCAAGUCCCGCUACGAGCUUCUAAACCUGGCCGGAGAUGAUGAAGAAGAUGAUGAGGUUUCGGCCAAUCUAGAAGCCGUGGCCAAGAAGACUGCCAACCUCUCUCUAGAGGGAGACGGCUGGGAGGUUGCAGGCAAGAAAUGA